CGAAGCGUCUUGUGGGUCCCACGUGUCAUCGAGUCGCAAACCACCAGAUUGCCACGCCCUCGGGCAAGAAGAUUCCUUUCCCCUUCCGCCUCCGCCAAGCGCCGCCGCCGGCGCCAUGGCCGGAGGAGCCGCCCUAGCGGCGGCGGCGUGGGAGCUCGCCGUCGUAUUCUUCCUCCGGCCCCUCCUCGCGCUCGCCUUCGUCCUCUCCAUCAUCGCCCUCAGCUGGUACGUGGCGUGGAGCACGGUGCUGGUGCACGUGCCGCUGGUGCAGGAGAUGGCCGGCCUGCGCCCGAAGAAGCCCGUCAAGCCCAAGCCCGACAACAGCGGCCGCAUCAUCAGGUUCUACCAGUCCAUGGCCAAGAGCAAGAAUAAAUCAGAAGGGACGUCAAGUCUAUAGCUCUUCUUUGCAAGAAGUACUGUGGACUGUAUCAUUUGAAUCUAGCACUUGAAUGUCUCAGUACUGCAAAUGAAAUAGCAGGAUUUCUUUAGCGAGAUAAUGGGUGCUGGCAUCUGAUGGAAACUCCCCACUUGCAACUGUGUAUGCAUCAAGCUUCUGCAACAAAAAAAGGCACUAACAUAUCCACUGUAUAUUGCACGUUGUAAAGCUGCUGAUCAUGUAAUUCUAGAUUGUACGUACAUACAUACACCUGUACAAGAAUAAAGAGAACCACUUGUCUUUUGGAA